AUGUCAUCACAAACAAAUAACACCAUCAUCGAAUAUCUCCAACGAGCUUGCAGAACUGUUCUUCUCCAGAUUGUUCACAGUUUGGAGAAAGAUCAGCAAGAGGAGCUUCGUUUUAUUUUCGGAGAUUUUAUUAGGAGAGAAUCUGGUGCUUUAAUCAUCAUGUCUUCCUUAGAAUACGCGGGAAAGAUCUCUUGGAGCGACGUAUCUUUUCUAAAGGAAGGUCUACUCGAAGUAAAGAGAUCGGAUCUUGCAGAGAAGUUGACAGAAUUCGAGGUCAUGAGAAAUUUGACAGUUCUUCUUGAUUUCUAUGCAAGAAAGAAGCAAGGAAUCAGCGAAUCAAGCUGUGGUUCUACUCUUGAUUCAGUGGAAAAGCUCGCAGGGUAUCUGUGGAUGAUUACUAGAGAGGUAUUUCAAGACGGAUUCGAUGUUAGUGAGAGGGUCAGAUCUUUGUUGGGGGAGUCGAGAGAGGAUAUCAAGAAUCUCAUGCUUGUUUUUAUAUUAAUUUUUAAAAAAGAAUUUUCAUAA